CUCCGCUGGCCCCACGCAUGCGCACACAAGCGAUAGUAAACAAAAAUGGCUGCUCGGAAAUUCACAACCGAAGAUAUUGAAGCACACAUACAAGACAUCCAGAACCGGAAGGCUAGCUUAAAGCCCCCCCCACCUCCAGAAGGUUCAGCCAAGGAUGAUGAGCGUGUGAUGCUAGAUGGUGGUGGCUACUAUGACAGCGAUAUUUAUGAUAUCUCUAAUGGAAAUAAAUAUGCAAAUUAUGUCCAGUCAAUUGGCGUGGAUGAUAUUGAUGACGAUGAAGAUGAUGGAGGAACAACUCUUGGCAAGAAGGGAGGGGGUGGCACUUACACUGCCCCACGGCUCUUCCUCAAUGAGAUGACGUUAGAGACAGCUGGUAUAUGUAGAGAUACUUAUUAA